UGGGUCUGGACGGCGCCGGGAAGACCACCAUUCUGUACAGGCUGAAGCUGGGGGAGGUCGUCACCACCAUCCCAACCAUCGGCUUCAACGUGGAGACCGUGGAGUACAAGAACAUCAGCUUCACCGUCUGGGACGUGGGGGGCCAGAACAGGAUCCGACUGCUGUGGAGGCAUUACCUGGUCAACACACAGGGCCUGAUCUUUGUGGUUGACAGCAUCGACCCCGAAAGGUUUAAAGAGGCGGCUGAGGACUUCCACGCUUUGCUGGCGGAGCACGAGCUGAGGAACACGAUUGUCCUCGUCUUUGCAAACAAACAGGACUUACCGGGAGCCACGGCGGUCAGUGACAUCACAAAGGGGCUGGGCCUGUUGGGGGUCCAUCAGCCGUGGCACGUCCAGCCCUGCUGCGCCGUCAGCGGCGCCGGACUGUGCGAAGGUCUGGACUGGCUCUCCAGUCAGAUCCAGAAACGGCAGAGGCUGCAGUGAUGCAGAGGUUCCGGCUGAGCGCCGUCUUCUGCCGUGGAGGAUGAUGAGGAGCCUGGAGGGGACCUCUUCCUGCACUUCUCCUGUCUCGCUCGAAGCCGUCUCUGAAGGACAAGAUGCUCCUCAAAAGUCUGAGCAGUCAGGAGCUCCUGCUGCGAUACAGCUUUAGCACUCAUUUCUGCUCCUCGUUCUGAGGAGACACUUCUAAACCGGCUUUAAACUCUGAUUAUAAUGAAAUACUGUUUUUACCAGGGACUGAAAGUUAUGUUUACAGUGGUUUUCUUUGUAUUUAUUAAAAAAUGUCUGUAUCUGUUUGUCGUCUCCUGCAGAUGGACUGUUCUUUUAUUAAUCCCUCCAAAAUAAAACUGUUUUUAAACAUCA